CGAGCUGGGCAGGCACCUAGUUUAAUUGUGAGACGAGGAGCAAUUCAAGCGAUACUACUGAUCGAUCAGUCCAAAUAUUACAAGAAGGAUCGUUAAUUCCAACAUAAGCAGGAUCGAUCGAUCGAUCGAGACGACAACAUGUCGUGGAACUUGAGCGAGAACGAGAGGUUCGAGCGCGCGCUGGCCACGUACGACCGCGACACGCCCGGCCGCUGGGAGCGCAUCGCCGCCGCAGUCGGCGGCGGCAAGACGGCCGACGACGUCAAGCGCCACUACGACCAGCUCGUCGACGACCUCCGCCGCAUCGAGGCGGGACACUACGACGCCGAUGCAGCCGGCUACCCCAACGCUAACGGCACGGCCAGGAACAACAACAACGGCGGCAAUAACAACAGAGCCAAUCGGACCCAGACAUGAUGCAGGCUAAUUCUGCACUGCACUGCCUACAUACGUAUAAGGGUAUCAUCCUAUAUAUACAUAGUUACGUACGUACAAGUUUAGUUUCUACAGCAUGACGUUCUCGGGGGCCGGGAAAAGAAAAGACAUGGUAGCGCAUGCACGUGUAUUGUACUCGUAUAUACGUAGUACGAGCUGAGCGAGCACUAUAAUGUGUGUGAUAUACAUUUGGUGUGUACGUAUACGUACGUGGAUUGGUCCGUGCUUGUAUGGAAGCAAUGAGCUUGUGUACGUGUACCAGCUGAAUAUAUGCAUGUAGCGGCGCGCAGGGUGCAAGUAACGCUCUCCGCCCGCCUACGUAUGCAAAUGUAACUGUUGCUAAUUUGAAGUCAUCCUGUAAUGAAUUAAUUUCAA